AUGGAGAACGACCGUGGCGAGAUCGUCGACCUCUACGUCCCGCGCAAGUGCAGCGCUACCAACCGCAUCAUCAAGGCCAAGGACCACGGCUCCGUCCAGAUCUCCAUCGCCAAGGUUGACGAGAACGGCCGUGCCGUCCCCGGCGAGAACCACGUCUACGCCCUGUGCGGCUUCGUCCGUGCCAUGGGUGAGUCCGACGACUCUCUGAACCGAUUGGCUCAGCGUGAUGGUCUCGUCAAGGCCGUCUGGAGCGCCCAGCGAUAA